UCGAACGAAGCGGUACGCAUGCGCGCACUAAACGCAACUUUCCGAUAUAUAUGACUGAGAAAUAUAUAUCCAAAACUGUUCAAAUAAAAAGUGUUGUGAGCCAAGAGCUAAGUGAGUGCAUUCAGUCAGAAACCAAGACAAGCUUUAUAUAUAGAGAUAUAUAUAUAUAUAGGCGUUCUAGCUAUAUAGUUAUAUGAAAGACAGCAACGCAAACGUGAAUACGGCAAAUAUCAGGCUAAAGCAGAAAUAAAAGAGAAAAAAAAUAAAAAGCAUAAAAAUUCCAGAGAUCGUUCGGUGUGCGGCAUACAACGUGAAUGUUGCGGACGGUCAAGCGAACAAAAACCCUUAAAAAAAUAAGAAAAAAAUAAAAUCAAGCAAAGGUGCGAGACAAGAAAUUAAAUUGAUAAACCUUAAAGCAAACGACGAACAACAACAACAAGAACAACGAAAGCCUUGACCGUGCCUAGUCGCCGAGCCUUGGCAGGACUUGGUGUUGCCCAGCGACUGGGACUUGGACUUGGACUUGGACUUGUCGCGCUGCUGUUGGCAAUUAUCAAGCGCAGUGCAUCAGGCUGGGAAUGCCAAAACGACUGUAGACAAGUCCACUUCUCUGUGUGUGUAAGUGUGUGUGUGUGUUACGCGCGCGCGCGCACGUGUGUGUGUGGUAAAUAGCUCAAAGCCACGAAAUUGCUUUUAUCGCCGCGCCAAAAUCGCCAAUUGCGCAAAAAUUGAAAGAAAAAAUAUAUAUAUAAUAAAACAAACAAAGGCAAAAAACUGUUAAACUAGCUGACCAGCCAACAGCUUUCGGGCCCUUAGUCAGUCUACAAUAACAACAACAAGAGCAGCGCAUCGCGUGGAGCCAGCGAUAAACUCCAAAAAGAGCGAGGAAAUUGCUAAAAUAUUACCCGAAAGGCAUAUUCGCUAUGUGCAUACAUGUGCAACAACAGCCCACAGAUACAACAACAGCAAACAGCGACUGCACUGCAAAAUGUAUAAUAAAAAAUUACAACAAGUGAUCGUGCAGAAAAUAGAUCGAUAAACCGACCCAAAAAACAAAAAAAAAAGUAAUAAUAAAAAAAGGCAACAGAAUUGAAGCAGCAUAAAAUAAAUAAAAGCGGCGUUGGGCACGUUUUUCCUACGUUCAUUCUGUGCUUUUUCCACAUUUUUUUUGCGCGCUUUUGCUGUUUCAAUUUCAAUUGUGGAAAUCGCAGAAAAAUCGGCAAAACGUAUUAAGCGAACCGGUCGAGACAACGGGGCGAUAGAACUUAGCUGGACUAGCACAAGGACUAGCCCAGCCUAGCAAUAUUUAUUAAACAAAGCCAGAAAUUAAUUUCACGACUUUUCUGUGCCUGCAUUUGAGCUGAGUCCAAGCGUGCGUUGCACGCCCUCAACGACAACAACAAACACAACAAGAACAACAACCAGCGCCGGCUUCUUUAUGCGCAGCUUGAACUGGCACUCAGCUUGAGCCAUAGCCAGAGAGAGAAAGAGAGAGAGUGAGUGAGAGAGCAAAAUGUACGACAUCAAGCGCCUGGAAGCCGGACAACAGCAGCUACAACAAAUACAGCAACAACAACAACAGCAACAGCAACAACAGCCUAUUGGACAUACACUAAACGAAAGGUUGAGCGGCUCGGCGCCGCUACAGCUUACCUGCAGCGUUAUAACGCCCACGCCGCUUGCCCUCACAUCGAAGUGCAGCUCCAGCAGCCCCAUUGAAGCCACACACAUGACACUGUUGACGCUGCGCCGUCGUCGGGCGUUCCAGCGUCGCGCCUGCCUGCUCAGCAUAUUGGCCGCCUUUGUCUUUGGCAUGGCAUUGGGCGUCAUCGUGCCCAUGCUUGGGCUGCCUGAUUACUUUGCCAGCAGCAGCAGCAGCAACAGCGAUGGAAGCGCUGAGUUGGCGACUGCUGCGCUGCUGCCGCCCAGCGAACAGCCGUUAAGCAGCAGCUAUGAGCGACCGCCAUUGCCCUACAGCGUCUCUUUUGUGAAAGAGGAGGCCGAGCAGCUGGAGCUGAGCGCCGAGCAGGUCUUUCGCAAUGCCUUCCAUCUGGAGCAGGAUAAGAAUGCGCCCGAUUCGAUGAUAGUCAAGAAACUGGACACAAACGACGGCAGCAUCAAGGAGUUCCAUGUCCAGCGCACAUCCAAUGGACGCUAUCGCAAGGGACCCGAGCGACGUCUCACAAAAACCGUGCAACCGGAACGCAGCAAAUCGCUGGCCAAGCCGCAGCAACAAGCGCUGCGAAAGGCGGGCGAAAAUGAGCUGCAAACGGCGGGCAUCAUUGAUGCGGAUAUCUAUUGGGGUGACCUAGUGGAGCAGGCAUUGCCGCAAGGCUUUGCCGCCGAUGAUCAGCACAGCUGGGAGCGCUACGUCGCCAAGCAAGGUCAAGUGGUGCGACUGGAGCAUGGCUGCGGACGCAUGCAGAAUCGUCUUGUGGUCUUCGCCGAUGGGACACGCGCCUGUGCACGCUAUCGCCAGAAUACGGAUCAAAUUCAGGGCGAAAUCUUUAGCUACUAUUUGGGACAACUGCUGAACAUAACCAACCUGGCGCCAAGUGCAGCGACAGUCAUUGACACAACGACAACGAGUUGGUCGACGGCAUUGGGCGACAUAACCCAGGCGCAAUGGAAGGAGCAUCGGCCUGUGGUAUUAACGCGUUGGCUGGCCGAUUUGGAGCCAGCCGGUAUACCGCAACCGUUUCAGCCGCUGGAGCGGCAUCUCAACAAAUACGAUGUCUGGAAUAUAACGCAGCAAAUGCAGCGGGAUGCUGGUACGGUCAUGUCGCGGGGAUUACUCAAACGGCUGGAGGUGGCUGCUGCCAGCGGCCAAACGGUUGAUCAUCAAUCAAGCAUGCUUGAGGAGUCAUCCGCUACAGCAUCCUCGACAGCAUCGUCCUCAGCAUCGUCGCCAUCGUCCUCGUCGUCGGCGCUGCUGCAGCGACUAAUUGAAUUGGCACAAUGGUCCGAUUUAAUCGUCUUCGAUUACCUGAUCGCGAACCUCGAUCGUGUCGUUAAUAACUUGUACAACUUUCAAUGGAAUGCCGACAUUAUGGCUGCGCCAGCUCACAAUCUGGCGCGACAGAGCGAGACGCAGCUGCUCGUAUUCUUGGACAACGAAUCGGGCCUGCUGCAUGGCUAUCGUUUGCUCAAAAAGUAUGAGGCCUAUCACAGUCUGCUAUUGGACAAUCUGUGCAUCUUUCGUCGUCCCACCAUCCAGGCGUUGCAGCGCUUGCGUGCCGAGGGCGCGGGUCGCCAACUGCGCGAACUGUUUGAGCGUACAACCAGCCCGAAUGUGCGUGAUGUGUUGCCCUCUUUGCCGGAUAAAUCAAUCAAGAUUCUGGCAGAGCGCAUCGAUCGCGUGCUGGCCCAGGUUCACAAGUGCGGCGACAGCAACAAGAGCAGCUAAUGAAAC